AUGUGUGUGAACGCGACGGCGGACGAGCAUUCCGUAGUUUACCAGUUGACCGCGAAACUCAAACCUGCGGGAUGGAUGGCCAUUGGCUUUGGAAAGCAUAUGAUCAAUACACAGAUGGUGAUCGUCUGGAAGAACCGUAGUAACGCAACUUCGAUCUCCCAGCGCAUAACGGAGCACUACAGAGAACCCCAUAUUGUCCGUUCUCCCCCAAGACGCGCUUUCGUUGAAGAUGUCACUGACUUUGUGAGUGCUGCGACUCAAUGGAUAGUAUGGACCGUUCUACCUGAAGGCCAUACCAAUGAGCGAUAUAUUUGGGCCUUCUCUAAAACACGCCCAUCAGGCGGAGACGCAGACGAAACUAUCAACAUGCACUUUGGCGCAGGUUAUUUCGAAUUAGACCUCACGAAGGACCUUCCAGUUAGCUCUCCCACUCAGGCUACCGACGCAGCUGUGGUACCAGAAGAAAGCAAUCCCUCUAAUCAUGGGAAGUUGAUAGUGCUUCACGGACUGCUUCUUUCUGCUGGAUUCCUUCUAUUCCUCCCAUUUGGCUCUCUAGUAGCAAGAUGGGGUCGCACGUUGACGUCGCACUGGUUCAAGGUGCAUUGGAUCUCCAAUAUGCUUUUAGGACUUCCGGUCAUCACGCUCGGUUUCCUACUCGGACCGCUAGCAGUCUCCAGCGAUGGCGCAGGUCAUUUCCGCAGUGCUCACCAUAUAUACGGCUUUGUCCUAUAUGGGGUGUUCAUUUUGCAACUAUUCCUGGGCCGAAGGAUUGAGUCACGACCACUGAUCCCCGAUGCUCCCGCACAUCCAUCAAUAAACAUCCUCCAUGUAGUACUUGGUCUGUCCAUUCUGUGCUUCGCUGUAUUCCAGGUGCGUACAUACAGCGGUCUUCAGCUGUUAGAAACCGCCCUUGGGUAUCCUGCGCCGUCUGCUGUCUGGGGCCUGUGGAAGGCUUGGGUCAUUAUCCUACCAAUCGCCUACCUCGUCGGACUGGUCUUACUUCCCCGACAACUAAAACUGGACAAAUCUGGUGCUCCAGUCAUCCCUGGUAGCAACUACAUCGCUUUGCCUGACCGCGCCGACGACCCACAACCUCGGUGGACUGACAAUGGGAGUGAUCACACUCUCCAAGGGGAUGAAUACUCUUUAUCGAAUUCACCCCGAAAGUCAGAGCACUCCGUUCCCUUACUACAAGCAGAAGAAGCUUAA